AUGCCCCCCGCAAACUCACCCUCUGACACCCGCCCCUCGACUCCGCCUCCCCAUACCUACCUGCGACAACUCGAAGAGGCCAUUGCCACUCCUGUUCCCGACCUCGCCUCUACCCUGAAUCUCACUUCGACCGAUCCUCGUUCGCAGAAUCAGCAAUGGGCCAAUCGCCCACCGGCUGAAGACAACGAGGGUGAUGGGUUUGGAUUUAGUCUCACGCCAGAAGAGCUUCGAGAGUGGAAUGCUGAGAGUCAACUACGGGCUACCAUGCAGACUCAAAGGGCCGAAGCGGCAGCUAGAGAACGAUUCAACGGCCGCAACUGGACAAGUCCACCAGCGCGUGCUGGUGACGACAGCGAUGGCGAUAUUGAAGCUAUGGGGGUUGGAGCAGCUCGUACAACUGACACCAAUGCAAGGAGGGACUUUCUACGCCUUGAAAGGGUUCUGCAGGGUUAUAGAUCAGCUCGCAGUGCUAUGAGGUCGACCAGGAGCUCCGACCUGGGAGCGGUGCCCACAGCCAGUGCCUUGCGAGCCUUCUGGAACGAAGAAGCGGAUGACGACUCGACUACCUCAAUACCUGGCGUAUCAGGGUAUUCCUCCAACCGUUAUCGAAGAGAGCAUCCUCCCAGGCAUGCCCAAAACGUUCGAGAGCCUACAGAACCUCUCUUUGCGGCGUCAAUCAGUUCCCAACGAUCCGACGCAUUCAAGCGGGUGAGGAAACUGAUUCGGUAUCUGUCACAGUUAAGACAUACUGGUGUAGAAGGUGGUCUUGAAGCAGCCAGAGAAUUGGGUCUCGACUCGUUGUACGCGUCAGACGACUCUUACGCGCCCAGUGACCUUCCCAUGCACAUCAACAGUCUUCCGGUCCCACAGUACAGUUCUUGGUUACAAGCCGGAAUGGUUUGGCAUGGUCUGCAGUCCACCGAACGCGAACCUCCCCGCGGCUCUGCUACUACGCUUCGGCGCCACAGACAACGCGAGCUGAUUCGCAGGACCAUCGCUCGACGGAGGGUAAUAUCUCAGAGCGUCAUCCCCGGUGAAGAAGCUGCCGAGCCUCCCACAGACUCCCUGCUUGAUGCAGAGCGCUACCUUUCCGACUUAUUACAGGACAGCAAUGGUCGAUGGGGGUUCUCCCAGCGUUCACCCACAUCGUUAUUGUCGCAUCCUACGCAGACUUCUUCUCAGUCUACGGAGCCUGAUCACUGGCCGGUCAAAGUGACGAUUCAUUCUGUAGAUUGGGACGCCAUGACAGUAACUGGAAUAAUGUCUGCAAGCCAAAUGCCGGAAAAGCUCUUCUCCAUGCAGCAGUCCGCUUCUCCACAGCAGGGCGCGACCGCCAGUAUGUCGAGCUUUUUCACGGGAGAGAUCAUUGAUUUCCGACAACAGCCCUUGGAGACGGAGAAAGAAGGUCGAGACUAUGAAGUGGGUGGCCUGGACGUGGAUGCACGGUACUGGGAACGGCUGGGACCUUUCAGGAAGGAGAUUGAGCGAAUCCGACAUUUGCGGGGGAAGAAGCGAAGCGAGUAUCAACAAAGCAGCUCACUUUGGGAGGCACUACGGAAAGCUGCUGGUGCUGAUGGUGAGAAUAAGGAUUCGCAAGGCACGUCAAAUGCGCCCACACCGUCAACGGACGACAACAUCACAAUUGACGAGUCACCCAUGAAGGUUUUCGAGACUCUGGAGGACAAAGAAGCGGAGGGUGAUGAGAUCAUGGCUCGCAGCCUGGGGAGUGCAAAGUGGAUCGAAGAAAAGCUGGGAAAGGAGUGGAUUCUGAUGCGGUGGAAGGAACGAUGUUUUGUAACACUUCCGGGGAGUCCUACGAAUACAAGCUCGACGAGGACCAUCUUCACGGAGCGUAGAUCUGGUGGAAACGGCCAUGGAUCUACAUCGUGGGGGUUGACAAUUGCAGGCUUCUAUUAUAUCGCCCUGAACCGCCUGACGGGAGAGAUUGACGGGCUGUACUACGACCCUGGAUCCCAACCCUAUCAGACCAUCAAGAUGUUACCUGAGGGCACAACCAUGUCACAACCCCAGCCUUGUGGUUGCGGGGAGCACGACUGUCGAGAGCCGGUCGGGGUCAAGAAAUGGUUCCCAUCAGUCGAGUUCCGGUGA